AUGUACAGAAAUCAAUACGAUACUGAUGUUGUCACCUGGUCUCCUCAAGGAAGAGUUUUCCAGAUUGAGUAUGCUAUGGAAGCUGUAAAACAAGGGACUGCAGUUAUUGGAGCUCGCAAUAAUGAUAUUGUUGUUCUAGCUUGUAUUAAACGAAACAUUAGUAAACUAGCUGGAUUUCAAAAAAAGCUGUAUAAAAUUGAUGACCAUAUAGGUGCAGCAAUGUCUGGUAUUACUGCAGAUGCUAAAGUAUUGUGUAGUUAUUUAAGAUAUGAAUGUUUGAACCAUUCAUUUACAUUUGACAGUCCAAUGCCACUAAGUAGGCUUGUUUCAAAUAUGGGAUUAAAAUCACAAAUAUGUACUCAGGAAUAUGGAAGGAGACCAUUUGGUGUUGGACUUUUGAUAGCUGGAUAUGAUCAAGAUGGUCCUCAUUUAUAUGAAACAUGUCCUUCAGGCAACUACUUUGAAUACUAUGCUAUGGCACUAGGUUCUAGAUGCCAAGCUGGGAAAACUUAUUUGGAAAGACAUUUUGAAGAAUUCAACUCAUGUAACAAGGAUCACUUAAUAUUACAUACUUUGAAAGCAUUAAAAGCUUGUCUUUCUUCUGAUCAAGAUAUGAAUAAACAAAAUGUAGAUGUUGCUAUUGUCGGAAGAAAUUGUCCUUAUAUUGAAUUAUCAGAAGAUGAAAUUAUGGAGUACCUUCAAAUAAUUAGCCAGGAGGCAUCACCAAUUAUUAAUCAAGUAGAUGAAACUAAUAAUGAAGAACCAACUUCUAUGCAACUUGAUUAA